AUGCAAAUGGUAGCUUUCACUCAGCAUAGUUGGCGUCGUACAUCUCGUCUAUUUGGUACACACGGUGAAUUGACAUGGAGUGGUGAAAAUACAAUCGAACAUUAUGACUUUUUGAAACAAACUCGAACCAUCUAUGAUGAAACUGAUUUAUCAAGUAGUGGAAUAAUGACUAGUGGUCAUGCUGAUGCAGAUUAUUUUGCGAUGGAUUCAUUUAUACGUGCAGUGGCUUCGAAUCGAUCGGAUUUGAUUUGUACUACACCACAGGAUUCAUUGACAAGUCAUAUUUUAGCAUUUGCUGCUGAACAUGCACGUCGUGAAAAUCGUGUUUGUUCUAUCGAUGAAAUGAUGUAA